GGCAGCGGCUUCCUGCUCCCGCCCCCCCGGCCUGGUCCCGCCGCCGGAGCCGAGCGCAGCGGAGCGGCCUGACCGGUCCCGGUCCGGUCCGGUGCGGAGCGAGCGGCGGCGCAGCGGAGCCGCCUUUCCGGUUGAGGGAGGGGCGCGCAGAGGAACCCAGGUAUCCGGGCCCUGCAGCCCCCGGGGAGGGGGGAUUUGCUGCUUGUAACCACAUCUCGGCAUCGCCUGGAGGCAGGUGGGUCCCCCCCGAGCCGGCAGCUGGGAGCCCCCAAGGGCAGGAUGGAUCUGGACGAGCCGUACAACGGGGGCCCGGCACCGGGCGCCCACAGUGGGUCCAGCGUGGCAAUCAUUGGGGCUGAGGAUGAGGAUUUUGAGAACGACAUCGAGCCGACGCCGGAGGACCACAGCAGCGUGUUCCAGAGCAUGGUGGUGGUGAAGUCGCACCCGGCCUAUCUCAUGGCCUUUCUCCAGCACGUGGUUCUGCAGUUCGACUCCUGCCCCGUGCUCUGCUACCUGCACGUGGAGCUGAUCCGCAAGGCGAGCCCCAAGGAGGGCAAGAAACUCUUCCUGGAUUUCUACCACAUGUUCCUGGAUAAGGCGGGGCUCCUGCGUGUCCACAUCCCAGCCCAGGUGCAGUUUGAACUGGACCGGAGCCGCCCGGAGCUGCUCCCGGAUGAGACCCUGCGCCAGUUCCUGAACGACAUCCAGAACUGCCAGGAGCCCGAGAUCUCCCGGCAGCUGGAGGAUUUCAGGUCGAAGCGGCUGAUGGGGAUGACGCCGGGCGAGCAGGAGCUGGCGGAACUGGAGUCGUAUCACACGCGGGAUCGUGGGAUCCGGGAGGCCAAGGAGAAGCAAUUGGCCGAGCUGCUGCUGGCCCGGCUGGACGAGAUGCACCCCACAAUCUCCACCGACGAGGAAAAAAGCUCCGCGAUUUUCGCCGCCAUCGUGACCUACAUGAAGUACCUGGGGGUUAAAACCAAACUGUGCGAGAGCAAGAAAUCGAAAGGGAAUUUCUUCCGCAAGAAGAUGUCGGGGAGCCGGAAGCCGGAGGAGCCCCCCAAGCCGCGGAAGGGUUUCAGCCUGUUGGACGCCACGCGCUGGAACCGCGGGGAGUCGCACAAUUCUGAUUUCAGACAAAGCAAAGUCCCCGAGGGUGAAGCGGAGAAGGCCGUGGCCUCGGAGCGGAAGGGUCUCAAGUUGUUGGAGCGCAGCGAGAGUCGGGGCAAGGGGGCCGUGUCCGGGACCCCAGGGCUUGAGCCCCCCGGAGUUUCUGUGACCGUGAACCCCCCUCCGGGGGAGGGGACCGAUGGGGAGCUGGGGUCAGAGCCCCAGUGCCCCGUGGAGCAGGGGGAGGCCCCCCCCAGCGAGCAGCCCCCCGAGGACAGUGCUGAGAACGAGAGCCCGGAGCCCGGGGGGGCCGGGGGAGGGGAGCCCCCGCAGUCCUUUCUGCUUCCCCAGUCUGAGGAGACUGAGCCGCGCGUUUCGGAGCUGGAGCCGGAGCCGCCGACCUGGCGCCAGCGGGUCCCCCCCGACACCCUCCUCAGGCUGAAGAAAGGCGAAGUCAAGCGGCAAGAGGUCAUCAACGAGCUGUUCCUCACCGAACACGCCCACGUGCGGAUGCUGCGGGUGCUUCUGGAGGUUUUCUACCAGCCGCUGCUCAGCGAAGGUUUCUUCCAGGAGACCGAACUGGCCAACAUCUUCCCUGGCCUGGACGAACUGAUGGACGUGCACACCACGUUCCUCGAGAGCCUGAAGAAGCUUCGGGAGAAGAGCGACUGCAUCAUUGCCGAGAUCGGGGACACGCUGCUGGCCCGGUUUGACGGCACCGAGGGCGGCUGGUUCCAGAAGAUCUCGGCCCGGUUCUGCAGCCGUCAGUCCUUCGCGCUGGAGCAGCUCAAGGCCAAGCAGCGCAAGGAGACGCGCUUCAGCCAGUUCAUUCAGGAGGCAGAGAGCCAGCCGCGUUGCCGGCGGCUGCAGCUGAAGGACAUCAUCCCCAUCGAGAUGCAGCGUCUCACCAAGUACCCGCUGCUGCUGGAGAACAUCGCCAAGUACACGGAGGAGGAGGAGGAGCGGGCGAAGGUGCAGCGGGCGGCCGAGUGCUGCCGGCAGAUCCUCAACCACGUCAACCAGGAGGUGCGGCACAUGGAGAACUUCAUGAAGCUGAAGGACUAUCAGAAGCGCCUGGAUCUCUCCAGCCUGAAGCAGAGCACGGACCCACUGCUCAGCGAGUUCAAGAACACAGAUAUCAGCAAGCGGAACCUGGUGCACGAGGGCGGCCUGACCUGGCGCGUCAGUAAGGACAAGGCUGUGGACGUGCACGUGCUGCUCCUGGACGACAUCCUGGUGCUGCUGCAACGGCAAGAGGAGCGGCUGGUUCUUCGCUGCCACAGCCGCCCCCCCGGCCCCACGCCCGAGCCCCGGCAGGUCCUGAGCCCCAUCAUCAAACUCAGCUCCGCCAUGACUCGCGAGGUGGCCACAGACCGCAAUGCCUUUUACGUCAUCUUCAGCUGGGAGAACGGAGCCCAAAUCUACGAGCUGGUGGCCCAGACGGUGUCGGAGAGAAAGAACUGGUGCGCUCUGAUCAGCGAGACGGCCGGGUCUCUGAAGCUGCCGGGUUCCAAUCGCCAGAAACCGCGUCGUGCUGCCCCGAGUCUGUCGGCCCCGUACAGCCCCAGCUAUUACCGGGAGCCGCUGCUGAGCACCUCGGAGAACGGGAACUCGUCCAAGGAGAGGCUGCACUCGGACGAGCGGGAGAAGGACGGUGCGCUGGAGGGGAUGGAGUUUGAGGAGCGCAGCCUGGAGAAGCCGGAGAAGGACUCGGAGCGGAUCCUGGCGGAGUUGCUGGCUCUCCACAAACCCCAGGCGGUGGGGUGUGAGGGGGGGCUGGCAGCCGCCGCGCUGGAGAGAGUGUCUGCGCUGAAGAGGCUGCUGGUCGGGGGGUCCCCCCUGCCGGAGGACAGGGACCUCGGCUCCCCCGAGGACGGCUGGCGGCGGGCGCCGGAGAACAGGGGCGCCGGAGAUGAGGAUGAGGAACGGGACGCGGGUGAUGGCGCCGAGAGCGAGGGGGGGGCGCCAGGGGGGGCCCCGAACGGCCCCGGCUCUCCGGGUUUGGGGUCGCGGUGCCCGGACGGGGAGGGGCCCGGCUCCUCCAUUGUGCUGACGCCCCGGCAGGCGGGGGACGUGCGGGUCAGCUGCCAGCACCUGGAGGAGGCUGUUCUCAGGCUGAAGGACAUGGAAGACGACUAUUCCCAGCUGCAGCAGCUCCUGGCCAAGUACAGCUCCCCCCCCUCCCCCAGCUUCACAUGAGGGGAGCCCUGCUGCAGCCCCCUCGCCCCGGAGGAAGAGGCCGGGCGGUCUUUGCCCUCCCGCCGGGGGUCUCCUGGGGGGGCGCUGCUGGAGUGGGUUGGGUACCUCUGUUCUCUAGGACACGCUGUGGUGCUGUGUCCAGGAGCCGGGGGCGUGUACACGUAGAGAUGGGAUCCGGGGGCGGGGGGAAUCUCCCCCAGGCCUGGCCCCGAAUUGCCCCGCUCUGAAAUCCCCAGCGGGGGCACAGCCCGUGUGGCUCCCCCCGGGAUGAGACACCCCUCCCCCGCUAGCCGCCCUCAGGGGGGGUUACCCCCAAACUCCCUCCAGCAAACGCACGUCCCCCUCCACUCCCAAUCUGUCCCAUCCUCCGAGCCAGCCAGUCCCUGCCCUGGGGACGGACUGGGGCCAGUGCCCCCUCGAGGGGAACGGCCCAAUGUCCCAUUCCCCUCCCUUGGCUGAGCCUGGCCAGUGCUGUUUGCGGGAUCGGCCAGCAGGGGGCGCUGCAGCUGCAAGGUUUUCCCCACCCCUUGAGAUCAGUAUUUGGGGGAGGGGGGUUACAUUCCACUGCCCCCCAUCCCCUGCCAUGUGCCUUAGGGGCCGACCCCCGAGAGCCGCUUUUAUAUAGAGAGAGCUAUGUUUUACUUUUGCUGGGAUAUUUUUAUAUAUAUGAUUUAUAGGGGGGGACCCCAGAACCUGGAGUGUGGGGGGGGGGGGGCAGCGGUUGGUUUGUGCCGACAUGGCAGCUGGGCUGGCACAGAAUCAUUGGAACCAAAAAAAGGGGGGGCAGGUGGGAUGGGGGAUGGGCCCCCUAAUUCCCUUGUACCCUACGGGCGUCCCCCCCCAAGAUAGGGCUUUUUCCAGGGGCUUCCAUUGCUUUUAAAAAGCAGGUAGAAAUUCCCUAGAGAAUUUCUGGGGGGGGGGGUGUCCCCACAGAGACUCCUCCAUGCCCCCCCAGUUCUCUGUCUGCCCCCCCCCCGCGCUCAGUGAGAUUUUUACAAUUCUGCUUUUUAACUAGGUGUUUGUGUGGGGGGGCAACAUGGAGGGGGGAGAUCUGGGUUUAAAUGUCCCCCCCAAGGAGCCAAAGGCUGACACCCCCUCCCAAAGGGAGAGCUGUUUGUAGGUAUGAUGGAUGGUGGAUGUCUGAAAUCUGGGAUGGGAGAAGUGGGGGGCACUGUGCCCCCCCCAGCUGGCUCUUCUGAGUAUAACUUCGGGGGGGUGCUAAGGUACGGGAGGGUGUCACUGAACCAAAGAAACUGUAAAGAUAUCGAAUAAAAACCGCUCUUGCUUCAGGA